AUGACCACAGCGGGUUACCUUAAUAUAUUGAAAUUUAUAACAAAGAUACUAUUUGAGACAUUAUUUCGAAUAAAAGACAAACUGGGUACUGUGGCCCGGCUAUUUGGACGUUGUACAAGCUUUCCAUUCUACAUGAUCCAACCUUCAAAGGAAGUUGUCGAAAAUGAAAAAUUCUACCAUCACUGCCUGCUGAUCACAUCUAAUACCUGUAACUUGGACCCGGCAAGAGUGAAAACUGAACUAAACAAGUUUUGGAAGCUGACUGAUGACUGGGAUAUAAGGAGAGACGUUAGACAGAAUUUCAUAGCAUCCUUCAACUCAGAGGAUGACCUACUACGCUGUUUAAAGCCUCCGGAUGUAGAAACAUUUCUGGAUGAAAAGGAGGUGAAUUUCAGUGUAGCAAUGUGGGAUGAAGGUGAUAGGGAAAAGCUUGACUUGAUCAAAGAGUGGCUUUUGGUCUAUGGGGUCCCAGGUGCAUAUAUAAACUGGAAGGAGCUAUAUCAAGUGGCAUCUGCAGUUGGAGUUUUGCUUGAGGUGGAUGAGGAAAUUUUGGAAAGUGGAGAUAAGGAGCCUAUUAGGUUGAGGAUAGCAUUAGGAAGUCCUGUUGGUGCUCCUUUCUCUUACCACUUUGUGUUUGGAUGGUCUUCUAGACUAGUCAAGUUCAUGAUUGAAGACAAAGUAGGAAGGAUAGAAGGGCAGUGGAAGGAAGUAGAAGAACGAAAUGUUAGCGUCAUGAAGGAAUAUGCAGAUAUAAGAGAAUAA